CCAUUCUGUUUUUUUAUACAACGAACGAUGAUCUAGAAACGACUGUCUCUGAUAUCACCACAUUAAAAGUGUUUCCAAAUAAUGUUUAAUACUUUUUUUUCAUGUACAUCAGCUAAGUUUACAAUUAAUCUGUCAAAAUAGCACUAUUUACUAAUUUGAAAAUAUUGGUAAUAUUGUGAUUUGUAUGAACUCUCUCGAGUAGUAUUGAGCAGCUGGAUAACUUAUUUAUAAUCUUUUGGAGCAUGUAAAAGAAUGUCAAAUAAUGACUAUUGAUUACUCCAAUUCAACUGCAAAUAAGCAAAAUGUCUACUAGAUUUUUAAAAAAAAUUCAUGGCAAUGAUGUAGCUUUAGAAGAAUCCAAUGAAGAAAUUAAUGAUGCACAUGUUGAAAGAGGAAAACAAAAAAGUUUUAAUCUUUUUAACUUGUUGAAUAAAAAUUCAGACAAUGAUGCUGAGAGUAGUGAACAUGACAUAAAUGAUGAAAUUGAAGAAGAAGAAGAAGAACAUCGUAAUGAUGGCAAAACUAAGAAAAAGCGGAAAAAGCACAAGAAGAAACAAAAAUCUAGAGCUAGUGAAGACAUUAAAAAAGAUUCUAAAAGUCAAGAAUUGGAGAACGAGGAAGGUUUAGAUGAAAUCGAUAAAACUGUAAGACAAAUAAAUAAAUUAUUAGGCGAGCCAGAGUCAAGCAGUAAUACUGAUGCAGCUGAAACUUCACAGUUCAGUCUUAUAAACAAAACUAAAGAGAAAAUACUAACCGUACAACAUAAAAAUUUAAAUCCUUAUAACGAACUCAAACGAAUAUUUGGAAGUAGAACUAUUCAAGCAGAGCAAACUAAACCAAGAUCCAGGGGUCGUACUGGACAUUUAAAAAAAACUUGGUUAGUGACCAUUCGCGAUAACAUGCUACCUAUAUCUAAAUCAGGACUCUCGAUGACUCUAGACAAAACUAUAACAGCAGACAAUGUUCAAUAUUUUGUUUACGAACACAGUUCUUCCUAUCGACAAGUGCAACAAAAGUUUAUCGAUGCAGUAGAAAGUCUUAACAUAGAAAAUAUUAUUAGUAUUGUAAAUACACAUCCAUACCACGUUGAUACAUUACUGCAAUCUGCUGAAUUAUGCAAACUAAAUGAAGAACUAGCAAUGGCAGCUAGUUUGAUUGAACGAGCCUUAUUUUAUUUAGAAUAUGCAUUUCAUCCACUAUUCAAUUUAACAACAGGCAAUUGUAGGCUGGACUAUAACAAACAACAAAAUCGAGCUUUAUUUAUAACUCUUUUCAAACAUCUUGUAUUAGUUGGUGGUAGAGCAUGUUAUAGAACUAGCUUAGAAUUGUGCAAAUUGUUAUUAUCUUUGGAGCCUGAAGAAGAUCCCUUAGCAGUAGUUCUGAUGAUUGAUUUCUAUGCCAUCAGAUCAAAAGAAUAUCAGUGGUUUUGUGAUUUUUGUAAUUUGUGGGAAAUUACAAGAAAUUUGCAACAACUUCCAAAUAUUGCCUAUAGUUUGGCUCUUGCCCAUUUUUACUUGAAUGAACAAGAAAUUGCAGACGAAAUGUUGCAAAAUGCACUGAUAAUGUUUCCUGGAGUUUUGAUUCCAUUGUUAGACAAGUGUAGUAUAAAUGCUGAUUCAAAGGCCACUAGUCACGAGUUUUUUCAGACCAAAGCUAGUUCAAGUACACCACCAGCUUUAGAAAAAUUGCAGAACCUGUAUGUAGCUCGUAGUUUCCAUUUGUGGAAGGAAACUGAUAUUUUACCAUGGCUUGAGAAAAAUGUACAUAUUGUUCUACAACGCGUAAAUGCAAAAGAUGAUUAUGUUAAAUUCUGUCAAGUUAAAAGAAAUAAACGUUAUCAAGGAAAAUUACCAAGAAACAUUUUGAGACAUUUAAUUGUGUCAGAUCUAAAGGAUGUAACAGUAAAUAUUCAAGAAAUACAAAAUGAAAGUCCACUUAUGUCUCACGACCCUCUACCUCCUAUUAAUUCAAUUGAUAUUUAUACUAAUCCAAGAGCUGCAAGAAGGACUACUCAUAAUAAUUCAAAUUUAUUAUCUUUAUUUUUUUCUUCUAUUUUUAUGAAUCUUGAAAGUGACCAACCUCCUGUUAAUCGCGCAAAUCUAGAUAAUGAAAAUCAGGGAUACCAAAAUGAAUUUGAUUGAAAUGUGAUAUAUGAGGCAUAAUACUACUUUUAAUACAAGAUUUUCGUUUUUUUACAAAACAUUUAUUUUCUUUAGUAUUUUUAAUUCAUCACACAACACAAAUUAUACUUUGCUGUAAAUAAAAAUAGACCUGUACUCUUAAAAUCUGUAAAAAUACUUGUAAAAAUGAUAUAAUUAUAAUAAAUUUUGUUAAUUGUAACAUCA